AUUGUUAAGUGUCACCCCUUCCCCAACUAAGCUCAUCGAGUUCUAGUUUUGGGUCACCUUUUUUAAAUGAUGUCCCCAGCAGGCGAGAAAAACGUUGUCAAAUUUAAGCAAUCGGGGUCACCAAGUGCAUAAACUCGUCCCCCUGAUAAACCAACCCCGUUAAACACGCUCGAUAAGAUCUCCUAGCACCUCCUCUUUGAUUAAUUGGAAGAUAUCUUCAUAGCUAGUAAUAACCUUAUAAAGGGAACCCUGGGUUCCUCAGUUGGUGACCCAAUGUCGUUGUGGCUGGAACGCUGUAUAACUGGUUAUUUCCAGCUUUUUGGCCUGGUUUGCGGCUGGAGCGGCAAUCGUUUGGGCCGCCUUUUGGGCAGUACCUUCCUGGUGAUAAUACUAAUUGAACUGGCCAAUGAAAUAGUGAAUUAUUUCAAGGGUGCUCUUCCGAACGGAGAUCCCCUGUCCUCGUACUUUGUGAAAACCAUCCAGUCCGUAAAUGUGGCCUACAAAAUGGUUCAUUCAUGGAUUAUCCUAACGGCCCUGUUCGAGUGUCAGCGGGUUCGCCGUCUGCUGGAGCAACUGCCUCUGGUCAGGGGCAAUUCCUUUAUAUAUAGACAUUUUAUACUGGAGCUAGUGCUGGUGGGAUGUGGCCUGACCCUAAUCUUAGUUGAGUACAAUGUGGGCGGCCUGUAUCUGGAGAGUACGCAAUAUGCCUUUAGCCUUCAGGCAGUUCGGGCUCGCUAUCUGCAAAUGAUGCUAAUGGUGCACCGUUUGGAUGGCCAGCUGGAGCAACUGCAUCGCCGAGUGGUAACCAGGGCCACAGAUUACAAAACUCUCAGGUACGAAUAUGCCCAUCUGGCCAAAUUGUCGCGUUCCCUGUCGCGUCUCUAUGGCCUCUCGUUGCUCCAGCUGAAUAUCCUUUGCCUGGGCGACUGCAUAAUCAUCUGCAAUGUGUACUUCAUGGUGGAAUAUCUGAAGGCAAUGCCUGGCAACUGGUUUGUCUUCGCCCAGACCAUGUACGUAGUGCUCCCCACUCUCGUCAAGAUUUCGACUAUGUGCGCUGCGUGCCAACGAUGUGUUGCAAAGUCCAAACACUUGCAGGAGCAACUCAACGAUCAACCAGGACAGACAGCUUCAGAUAGAAGUCAAAUCGAGGGAUUCGCCCUUCAAAUAAUGCAGGAUCCUAUACAGUUCGAUGUCUGUGGAAUUUAUCACCUCAACCUGCAGACUUUGGCAGGGGUAAAUUUACAUUUGCAGACAAAUAUUAUUACCCAUAUUAUCCGUUACCCAUUUCAAUAUAGAUGUUCUUCUUCAUUCUGGAGGCCCUGGUUAUAUUCCUGCAAUUCGUGUCCCUCGUACGGCCGUAGGCCAUGUUCUAAUAAAUCAUGGGGGCUGGGGUGAUAUAUCGGGUCAGA